CCGGCCACUUUGCACAUGGAGACACGGGUGAACGACGACCGCUGGCACAUGGUCUUGCUCACCCGCAACUUUCGCGAGACCCUCCUGAUGGUGGACGGAGAGACCAAAGUGGCUGAGGUCAAGUCCAAGAGGAAGGAGAUGGCAGUGGUCAGCGACCUGUUUGUGGGUGGGAUCCCACCCGAUGUGCGCCUCUCUGCGCUGACAUCCAGUACAGUGAAGUACGAGCCGCCCUUCCAGGGCCUGAUCUCUAACCUCAAGGUCGGGGAGAUGCCUCCAACUUUGUUAAAUAGCCAGGGCAUUCAGAACAACCUGGAGAACCUCUGCACCAAACAGAACCCGUGCUUCAAUGGAGGGUUUUGCUCUAUUCAGUAUGGAGAAGUUCACUGUGACUGCACCCACACCCGCUUCAAGGGGAAGUACUGCAAGGAAGAGGACUUCUCUCUCGCUGGUCUGGCGCACCUGACGUUAAACGACCAAGGUAUGGAAAAAGGAAAGGAAGAGUCAGUGGCCACCUUCAAGGGCAACGAGUUCUUCUGCUACGACCUGUCGCUGACGCCCAUCCAGAGCAGCACCGACGAGAUCACGCUGUCUUUCCGCACGCUGCAACGCAACGGCCUCAUGCUGCACACCGGGAAGUCAGCUGACUACGUAAACCUUUCCUUGAAAAGCGGCGCGGUUUGGCUGGUCAUCAACCUGGGCUCGGGGGCCUUCGAGGCCCUGGUGGAGCCCGUCAACGGCAAGUUCAACGACAACGCCUGGCAUGACGUGCGCGUCACCCGCAACCUGCGCCAGCACGCAGGCAUUGGACACGCUAUGGUGACCAUCUCAGUGGAUGGUAUAUUGACCACCACUGGUUACACCCAGGAAGAUUACACCAUGCUGGGCUCCGAUGACUUCUUCUACAUUGGAGGGAGCCCCAACACCGCCGACCUGCCCGGAUCACCAGUCAGCAACAACUUCAUGGGCUGCCUAAAAGACGUGGUGUACAAGAACAAUGACUUUAAGCUGGAGCUCUCGCGGCUGGCCAUCGAGCGCGACCCUAAAAUCACCCUGAACGGUGACCUGGUGUUCCGCUGCGAGGACGUGGCAGCCUUAGACCCCGUUACCUUCGAGACCCCCGAGUCCUACAUCUCCCUGCCCAAGUGGAACACCAAGAAGACGGGCUCUAUCUCCUUUGACUUCCGCACUACGGAGCCCAGCGGCCUCCUGCUGUUCAGCCACGGCCGCCCUCAGAGUCCCAAAGAGCAGAAGCCCGGUAGGGAGCUGAAGACUGAUUACUUUGCCAUGGAGCUGCUGGACGGGUAUUUGUACCUGCUGAUCGAUAUGGGCUCUGGAAAAACAAAGCUCAAGGCCAGCAACAAGAAGGUCAAUGACGGUGAAUGGUGCCAUGUGGAUUUCCAGAGGGAAGGGAGGAAAGGAUCUAUUUCAGUCAACAGCCGCAGCAUGCCCUUCAGCUCCCCAGAGGGCAGUGAAAUCCUGGACCUGGACAGUGAUAUGUACCUGGGCGGGCUGCCUGAGUCCAAGUCGGACCUCAUCCUGCCGCCAGAAGUGUGGACAGCGCUGCUUAACUACGGCUACGUGGGCUGCGUCCGCGAUCUCUUCAUCGACGGCAAGAGCCGCGACGUCCGCCGUCUGGCUGAGAUCCAGAGCGCGCUGGGUGUCAGCAGCUUCUGCACCCGUGAGCUGCAGAAGCGGUGCAGCAGCGCUCCCUGUGGCAGCGGAGGGCUGUGCAAAGAAGGCUGGAACCGCUACAUUUGUGAUUGCACCGGCACUGGAUACCUGGGAACCAACUGUGAAAUAGAGGCGACAGUGCUAAGUUAUGACGGCAGCAUGUACCUGAAGAUCAUCAUGCCGGUCACCAUGCACACGGAGGCCGAGGACGUGGCGCUGCGCUUCAUGUCCCAGCGGGCGUACGGCCUGCUCAUGGCCACCACCUCCAAGGAGUCAGCGGACACCCUGCGACUGGAGCUGGACGGAGGCCGGGUCAAGCUCACCGUGAACCUCGAUUGUAUCAGGAUAGACUGUAGCCUCAGCAAAGGACCCGAGAUACUGUUCGCGGGGCAGAAGCUAAACGACAACGAGUGGCACACGGUGAAGGUGGUGCGAAGAGGCAAGAGCCUGCAGCUGUCUGUGGACAAUGUCACAGUGGAAGGCCAGAUGACUGGUGCCCACACACGUCUCGAGUUCCACAACAUCGAGACAGGCAUCAUGACCGAGCGCCGCUUCAUAUCUGUGGUGCCCUCGAACUUCAUCGGCCAUCUCCAGGGCCUGACCUUCAAUGGGUUGCCGUAUCUAGACCAGUGCAAAAACGGAGACAUCUCCUACUGCGAGCUGAACGCCCGCUUUGGCAUGCGCCACAUCAUCGCCGAUCCGGUGACGUUUCGAACGAAAGGCAGCUACUUGGCGUUAGCUACGCUACAAGCUUAUGCCUCCAUGCACCUCUUCUUUCAGUUCAAAACCACCACGCCUGACGGCCUGAUGCUUUUCAACUCUGGAGAUGGGAGCGACUUUAUUGUCGUGGAACUGGUGAAGGGGUACGUCCACUACGUAUUUGAUCUUGGCAACGGGCCGUCGCUGAUGAAGGGCAACUCAGACAAGCCUCUCAAUGACAACCAGUGGCACAACGUGGUGGUCUCCCGGGACGCCAGCAACGUACAUACGCUCAAGAUCGACUCACGCACCGUUACUCAGCACUCCAAUGGAGCCCGAAACCUGGACCUCAAAGGGGAGCUGUACAUCGGUGGCGUGACAAAGAACAUGUACAGCAAUCUGCCCAAGCUGAUUGCGUCCCGGGAUGGGUACCAGGGCUGCCUGGCCUCCGUGGAUCUGAAUGGGAGACUCCCCGACCUGAUCGCAGAUGCCCUCCACAGGGUGGGUCAGGUGGAACGAGGCUGCGAUGGACCCAGUACCACCUGUACGGAGGAGUCCUGCUACCAUCAGGGGGUGUGUCUCCAGCAGUGGGAGGGCUUCACCUGCGACUGCAGCAUGACGUCCUAUGGUGGCUCUUUCUGCAACGACCCUGGGACAACUUACAUCUUCGGGCGAGGCGGAGCCCUCAUCACAUAUACCUGGCCACCCAAUGACCGGCCGAGCACACGGGCAGACCGGCUGGCAGUGGGCUUCAGCACGCAGCUGAAGGAGGCCGUUCUCGUCAGGGUAGAGAGUGCCAAGGGACUGGGAGAUUACCUGGAGCUGCACAUAGAACGGGGAAAGAUCGGCGUGAUCUUCAACGUGGGAACGGACGACAUAACCAUCGAGGAGAGCGCGGUGAUGGUGAGCGACGGCAAAUACCACGUGGUGCGAUUCACUCGCAGUGGUGGCAAUGCCACACUACAGGUGGACAACCAGCCCGUCAUCGAACGCUUCCCCUCAGGUCGCCAGCUGACCAUCUUCAACAGCCAGGCGUUCAUCAAAAUCGGCGGCGGUGGAGAGACAGGGCGCCACUUUCAGGGCCAGAUCUCAGGUCUGUACUACAACGGCCUGCAAGUGCUCAAACUGGCGGCCGAGGGCGACCCCAACGUCCAGACCCAGGGCAACCUGCGGCUGGUGGGUGACGUGCCCUCUGUGCUCACGACUGACACCACCUCCACCACCCCGCUGGCUGACAUGUCCACCACAAUCAUGGAGACAACCACCACCAUGGCCACAACCACCACCCGCAAACAACGCUCGCCCACCAUGAGGGACAGUGUGACACAGAACGCGGAUGACCUUUUGGUAGCAUCAGCUGAGUGUCCUAGCGAUGACGAAGAUUUGGAGGAGUGUGAGCCUGGAAAUGGAGGUGAAUUAGUGUUGCCCAUAAUAACGGUGGACUCCCUAGACCCCCCAUCCAUCGCCACCCGCUACCCAGUAAUCCCCCCGCCCCCCACCACCUACCGCCCUUUCCUCACCAUGCUUGAAACCACCAAAGAGUCCCUCCCCUUGCCCAACGGCCGGCCCCCGUGCCCCCUGGACCAGGAGGACUGCGAGGAGGCCAUCGAGGUGUCGGCGUACGGCUCGGGGGAGAUGACCGAGUCUGAUGACGAGGACUAUUACAAAAACUCCCCCCUGGUCACCGACAGGACUGUCCUCCCUCCUCCCCCAGCCGUCGAGGGCGGUGUCCAGAACCCCCGAGACCGCCACUUCUCCCGCUUUCCCAACUCCCACCGCCCGCCUCUCUCCUCCACUCCCACGGCCAACCCCGAUCAGCUCAGCCCACGCAUCAAGCCAGCCGCUGGCGGCAGCAGUAGUAGCAACAACAACAACAUCCCCGCUGGGAAAAUGAACACCCGGGACCAGGUGCUGCUGCCGCCAGCCCACCCCUCGUCAGACCCGGGCCACCGUAGAGUCCCAGGAAUAACCUACCCCCCAAAUUUCCCCCAUGUUCCCACUCCAGAUCCCACGUCUCCUGAGAGAGGGCUCCCGGGCGCCGUGGAGGUGCAGCAGUCCAGCAGCACCACAGGAAUGGUGGUGGGCAUCGUGGCAGCUGCCGCCCUCUGCAUCCUCAUCCUGCUCUACGCCAUGUACAAGUACCGCAACCGCGACGAGGGCUCCUACCAGGUGGACCAGAGCCGCAACUACAUCAGCAACUCAGCCACGCAGAGCAACGGAGCCCUGGUGAAGGAGAAGCAGCCCAGCACUGCCAAGACAGUCACCAAGAACAAGAAGAACAAAGACAAAGAGUACUACGUCUGA